UACACGACGGAUCUAUUACGUUGCAUUUUCAUCCGUGGCGGAAAACAGCGGAUUUACUGAUUAAGUAGAGCUCCGAUUUCUAUGUAAUUGCAUAUUUUUUUCCUUUUCACAUUUUUGUCAGUAAUAUUUACAAAUCAUAGUUUGGUCGUUUGGAGUUACUGGUGAAAUCUUUUUUUACAUACUUCUGCAUAUUUAAUGGUUAUUGCAUAUUUUUACGAAAUUUAAAAUUUUUAUAUUUUGUAUGUAAUAAUAAUGUUAGGUAUCCCUAACAACCACGGUUAUGCAUAAUAAUUAUUAUUUAUAAUAAUUUUUACUUAACAAUUUCAUUGCUUGUAAGUUGUAACAUUGAUUAUAUUAUUAGUUAAACUGUUGUCGUUGUCAAUAAUACAAUGUUAUCCCGUCCGGCGUCUUCAUUGUCGGAAUGUCGACCAGGAACCGGUCAUGAAGGCGUGUUGCCCAAUCAGAGACCUAACUCUAGGCUGUCUAGACCACAGUCAAGAUUACCUGAUAUUUCUAUGUGCACAGAUUUACAAAAAAUAUGGGAAUCUAUAUCAAACGAAAUUGAAAAUAAUAUGAACAAGGAUGAAGGAACAUUAUUAAAAGAUAUUGGAUACUUCACUGUGGCAAAAUGGGGUAUCCACCAGAGUACAGUUAGAAAGCCUGUAUUCAUCAUCCAAGAACAAAUAGCCAAAAAUUUUAAUUUAAAGAGAUCAAGGCCAUAUAAUUCAGGAAUUAUACAAGAACGCUGCUUGAAUUUUUCGGUGAUUGCACGUAAUUGCAAUUUAAACGUGGAUAUGGUAAUUGACUACUAUAAAGAAGUAGUUUCAUCCUUUAAAAAAUUAUUAAGCGAAGGCAAAAAUUGUGAGCUUCCUUUCCCAAACAUCGGCAAAAUUAGAAUAAAAAAUAAAAUUAUAACAAUGAAUUUUUAUCAAGAGUUCUUGGAAAGACAAAGUAAAAAUUUUAAAAACCAAAUUGUGGCUCGGGAAAAAAAUCAAGCCAUUUACUAUGAUCCCGAUUGGAAUACAAAUCAAUUUGAAAAUCGAAAACGACCGUGCUCAGCGAUGUCAACAAUAAUUAGUCGUCCGGCGUCUUCAUUGUCGAAUUAUAGACCAGGAACCGGUUAUGUAGGUGUGUUGCCCAAUCUUAGACCUAACUCUAGUCUGUCUAGACCACAGUCAAGAUUGGCAAUACAGCCCCAUAAAGAACCAAUAAGUAGACCUUUGGCCGGGACGGUUGUCCAGUCACCAGAUUCGAAAAUUGAAAAAACCUCAUUUAUAUACGAUAGAGAUGAAACCCUCUGCCAUAAAUGUCAUCUCAGAGAAUACCGAUUAAAACAAAUCAAUAAUAUACCACCAAAAAAAAAAUUAUCAAGAAAUAUAUUUAAGAAUGUAGCUGAUAAUUUAAUCAAUGGAUAUUUAAACACGGAAACUCUAAAUAAGCGUAAAGACCAACUAAAGCAAACAUCUGACUAUAACUAUAAUACUGCAAAAGAAUUAUUAAAUUCUAUUGAAAAAGAAAAAAAUAUAAAUCGUAAAAAAAAUGUUGACAGUUAUAUUUUGAAAAUAAGACCAGCAAGUAUUAAUAUUAAAAAAAAUAAUAACUUCAAGCCAUUAUUAGAUCAAAUAAAAUGUAAUAAAAUUAAAAAAGAAACAGACAAAAUCGAAUCUUUAAAGAAUGAAAAACUGAUGCAAACAGAAUUGUCAAAAAGUCUAUAUGAUGAGAUAAAAAGAAAUAAAGAAGCAAGAAAUAGGUCAAAAAAAGAAUAUUCAUGUAUCAUUGAUGAAUACCUGAAAAAAAAAAAUCAAUUUACAGAAGAACUUAAAAAAAAAGAUAUAACAAUACCACUGGAUAAAACAUUUGUUUUCGGUCCUGAUCCAGCUAAAUUACAAAAAUUAAACAAUUGUAAAAACCGUCAGAUUGCAUGGGACCAAUUAGCACAAAUUAAAGCAAAAAAAAAGGAAACCGAUAAACAAAAAGAAAAUGACAAAGAAUUCGAAAGAAAACUAUUAAUAAAAAUUAAAGAAGAAGAUACAAUAUUAAAAGAAGAAAAUGCAAAAAAAAAAGAACAAACGAAAAACGAAAAACAAAUUAUAUAUGAUGGGGAUGCAAAUAUACCGGGAGCAUAUCCCAUGUGUUUUCCGCUACGGCGGAUUGUGGCCCGUUGCAGAGUAUGCAAAAAAAAUGGGCUCGAAAAGAUAUCAACACAGUGAUUACGGCACAGAUGCGGUCGGCACAGUUGCAGUCAAUACCUUUUUGGUGGCACUUGCGCUCUCCAGUCGAAAAGUAGAAAACUCUGUUUUAGUAAAAACCGUCAGAUAGCAUUGGACCAAUUGUCACAAAUGAAAGCAAAAAAAAAGGAAACCGAUGAAGAAAAACAAAAUGACAAAGAC